GAUGCACAUGGAGCUCCGCGCAUUUCAAGAUCAAGAUGGCAGCCUCCGUGUGUCGGUGCUACGAGCUGGUUGGCAGACGUGCCUUGGCCCUCUGCUUCCGGCCUACUGUCUCUUCAGUGUGGAGAGGCGAUGCCUAUAUGUUACAAAGGAGCCCAGCUGCAACUGUGCAGGUGCGAUAUGCUUCGGGACGUAAAGGUUUCUUCGGAGAGUUUGUGGAUAACCUGCGCCAGGAAUUUGGUAAGAAUCAGGAGAUGAAAGAGAACAUAAAGAAGUUCAGGGAAGAGGCCAAGAGGCUUGACGAGUCUGAUGCUCUCCAACAAGCCCGCAGGAAAUAUAAAUCUAUAGAGUCUGAGACCGUGAAGACCUCAGAGGUGUUUAAGAAGACCUUAGGCUCCCUGUCAGAGACCGUCAAGGAGGGUCUUGAGGAGGUCAGUCGUACUGAUAUCGGGAAGAAGAUCAAGGAAAGUGUGGAGGAAGCUGCCAAGACAGCCAUGCACUCUGCUGAGACCGUCUCCAAAGGUGGAGAAAAACUGGGCAGAACCGGCGCAUUCAGGGCCAUCUCACAGGGUGUGGAGACCAUGAAGAAGGAGAUAGAUGUUGGGGAUGCCGGCCAAUACAGAGCUCCAUCACAGCUAAGGAAGAGAAGCGAUUUCUCCUCCAAAGGAGCCGACAGCGACUCCAGAGUGUUCGAGGCCGAUGAAGAGGCUAUGGGUGUUGUCCUCCACAAGGAUUCAAAGUGGUACCAGCAGUGGAAGGAGUUCAAAGACAAUAACGCAGUUUUUAACAGAUUCUUUGAGAUGAAGAUGAAAUAUGAUGAAAGUGACAAUACCCUUGUCAGAGCAUCCAGAGCUGUGACUGACCGAGUCACUGGCUUCCUAGGUGGUCUUUUUUCUAAAACAGAAAUGUCCGAGGUGCUGACAGAGAUUGUGAAGGCAGACCCCACCUUUGACAAAGACUCUUUCCUCAAACAGUGUGAGAAAGACAUCAUCCCGAACAUACUGGAGGCUAUGAUCCGCGGAGAGCUGGACGUAUUGAAAGACUGGUGCUAUGAAGCUACGUACAGUCAGCUGGCUCACCCCAUCCAGCAGGCCAGAGCGCUGGGGCUGCUCUUCCAGUCCAAAAUCCUGGAUAUUGACAACAUAGAUCUGGCGAUGGGUAAGAUGAUGGACCAGGGGCCAGUGCUGAUUAUCACCUUCCAGGCUCAGGUUGUCAUGGUGAUCCGCGGCCCCAAAGGAGACAUUGUGGAAGGAGAUCCGGAGAAGGUGAUGAGGAUGAUGUAUGUUUGGGCGUUGUGUCGUGACCAGGAGGAGCUGAACCCCAACGCAGCCUGGAGACUACUGGACAUCUCCGCCUCCAGCACAGAGCAGGCCCUCUAGGAGGAGAGCGGGAGAAAAGGCAGACAUGAGACACACAAACUGUGGAGAAUGGAAGAGACACACAAGGAUGUGCCUGUAACACCUGCACGUACUGUCUCGUACACACAUACAUUAACAUCUGAGCGCAGAGUGUACCCAUGCUCCUGUGUCAUGCCAGCGACUGUAUUUGCGCACUCACACAUUUCCAAUUUCCCAGAGGAUUUAUGUGCAAAUGUCAAUUCAUCCCCUCCAUGGUGAUAAGAUACACAUGAACAUAGUGACUACCAGUAUACGAUCUAUACAUAGAAAACUAUGCGUCCAUUUACAUGUGUGUGUUGUCUCCUGCACUGGUACGCUCGGUGUUUCGGUUUCCAGGUGGAAUACAGAAAACUUACAUUCAUUUUUCGGAUGGAUGCAACCAACUUUUUUCAACUGGCUAAAAGAGGAGUCUGUGCCAUUCCCAUGGUUGUUUCAUCAAGUGGUACAGUCCAUCCACAACAGGCUGGUGGCUGGAUCCAAGAAGAGCUGUGGAAGAAAAUGAACAUGACACCUGUGACUUGGCUAGUCUCGAGAGGGACGACUGAAAUCUAAAACUAAAUUUAAUGUCACCACUGUCUUUGUCAAAUAAUAUAAACAUGAAAUUAAAAUUUGGGCAGAGGCAUGGAGCCUUGUUGCAACAACCAGAAAAGCUUAGUGACACAGCAUGAGAGACCUUGUUAAUCAAGGUGAUCAUGUUUCAAGUUAACGGGGCACUCCGCUAAUUUUACACAUGCAGAUUGGUUUACAGUUGUAUAAUGUCAUCUGUGGCUCAGAAGCGAGCUUUCUAAAAUCUGAUAAAAUAGCCCCGAUGAUGUAAUCAGUUACCAGAGAUUAGACUUCACUUUUUAACAAAACCCUGCGUUAAGAACUUGGGAUGUAGUAAUUGAGCAUUUACCAGGCAGGAAGGGUCAGAAGAAAGAUGCGGAAACAUAGGAUUCAUUGUUUUUCAAGCUUGGCCCAUAUUAUGAAAUUAAAGUCAAGAUAUCCAAGCCUGUGGUGCUCGGAUUUCAACCAUUCUAUUUUUUAAAUGCAUCUCUUGUGAGUCUCCAAACUUUCUAAAAAUGCAAUACUAAAUGGCUGGAGUACAACUUUCAGGCUUAAAGUGAAAAUGGUAUUUUCUGGCUGCCUAUGACCAAGAGGAAUCGACCAACAAACAUGUUAAUACUUUGCUCAUGCAGUCGCCCAAUGUCAUAUAAGCAGAAUUGACAAAAUCACAUAGGGGAAGAUAAAAUUAACUAUUGAGACAGUCUUCAAUAUUUUGUAAAGUUUUGAGUAAAUGGUUGAAGUUUUCUUUUUCUAGACCAAAUUACCAUCGAUCAUGAAAACAAAUGCAUUCUUAAAGAAGUCUACCAUUAUCUGCAAAAUCCAGCUGUGGUUGUUUCUUCUUGGUUCCUGCUGGCUUUCACAUCAGAAACAUGCCAAAACUUAAAAAGUACCCCAAGUAAAUUGAGGUUUGAAUCAUAUAAUAUAGGAUGUAAUGACCUGUGUCGUCAGGGUCCAUGUUGUCAUAUAUACUGUAGCUCAGAGCGGCCAAUUCACCUGAGAAACCACAAGCAACCGAAGAAAACGUGUCCUUAUGUUUGUAUUUGAAAGGCAGCAUGUGUUUUUCUCAAGUUGCCGUGCAUUAGGCUCCCAGUCACUGUAUAUCCACUCUCAAUAAGAACAACUGUAUCAUAUCUACAUAUAAAUAUAAGCUCUCAACUCAUUGUAAAUAUAUUAAAUGUUGAGUACUGCUUAUUUAUAAGAUUGGGAGGGACCACAUUCAAAUAUGUCGUAAUGGCAGCUUUAUGGUUUGAUGAUCAUUUGCCAUCUCAUGUUGUAUAUUUUUCAGCCGUUUGUUUUACUUAAAUGUUUGGUUUACUGUUGCUGAAGAUAAAAACUUGAAUUAGCACAUUGCUGAACUCGUUGUGUAGACUGACUUUUACAUUUUUACUGUGUGACCAUGUGGGUCUCUACUCUCAUGUCACUGAUGAUUGAACACAUUAUGAUUGUACUUCUGUAACGUUUGACUAUUCUAUUAAUCUACAGAAAGGUCCAUGAUGUGAAGAGAAAUUGAGUUCCUGAUGACCAUAUUUAGUGCCUAGAUUAUACCACAAUAAUUUGAGCAUGUUUUGUUUGUUGUCAUUCAUGGCCAAAGCAUGUGAUGUGAGAUGGUGUGUUACGAACUAGAAUUCAUGUAUGGUCACAACAUGCUCAAGUAAUAAUCUUUCUGUGUAGUUGUUUUGUCACUUCAUGGGAUGAGAAAAAAAAAAAACAUGGCAAUAUUUUUUAAAUUAUAAGCCUUAAACAAUAGUUGAGAAGACUCAUAAGGGGGAGACACCUAAGGUGAAUAGUGUAAAAUAUUUAACUGAUAGAUAUCACCAUGACAUUUCCCCAGUUAAUUACUUACAUU